CGAAUCGGUCACCGAGAGCGCCAUCCGUGACCGACGAACCGUACCGCCAAAAUUACAGGAACACCAGUGACCGACGCGUUCGAACGGACCAAUCGCAUCGUCCCGACGCACGUCGGCCAAUCACCGUUGCCGUUUCGAAUUCUCCAUAACUGACAAAACAGUCGGCGGACACAGAGCAGAGAAGCGGUCCCGCUGUUCAGGCCACCAAAACGUUCAAUUUUUAAGUGAAACUCGACAAUCGGAAUCGCGAACAAUGUCCAGGGAGGACGACACCACGCAAAUACCCGAUCUGAUCUACGAUCCGAACACCAGAACCCAGUAUAAAAAGGGCCGAUUCUUCGGAAAGGGUGGUUUUGCAAAAUGCUACGAGAUAAUCAACCCAAACAACAACCAGGCUUACGCCGGGAAGAUAGUGCCAAAAAAGUUGAUGGUCAAGCAGAACCAGAAGGAGAAAAUGACCCAGGAGAUUCAGAUCCAUCAGUCCCUCAAUCACAAGAAUGUGGUGGGAUUCUAUAAUUUCUUUGAGGACAGUAUGAACAUCUACAUUGUACUUGAAUUGUGUAGGAAAAGAUCAAUGAUGGAAUUACAUAAAAGAAGGAAAGCGAUAUCCGAGCCAGAGACUCGCUUCUACAUGAAACAGAUCUUAAGUGGCGUCAACUACUUGCACUACCAGAAAAUUAUCCACAGAGACUUGAAACUGGGCAAUUUAUUCUUGAACGAUGAACUGCAGGUAAAAAUCGGCGACUUCGGCCUGGCGGCCAAGAUAGAGUACGACGGAGAACGAAAGAAGACACUGUGUGGCACCCCCAACUACAUAGCCCCCGAAAUUUUAAACAAAAAGGGCCACUCCUUUGAGGUGGACAUCUGGUCGAUAGGCUGCAUCAUGUACACACUAUUAAUGGGCAGACCUCCGUUUGAAACUAGCAGUUUGAAAGAAACUUACUCGCGCAUCAAAAAAUGCGACUACAAGAUCAGUUCCGCCAUCUCCGCCCCGUCCAAGCACAUGAUCAAGCUGAUGUUGCAGGCGGAACCGAAAAACAGGCCCAAAGUGAACGAGCUGGCGCAGCACGAGUUCAUGCUAGGCUAUUGCCCGCCCUCGUUGCCCGUCAGCUGUCUGACGAUGGCGCCCCGUUUCGAUAAGAUGGAAACGCCCGGCUAUGCCGGCGCCCGCAAACCUCUCCUGGAGCUUAAUCAAGGCGACGCUGCGAUGGCCGUGACGCCACAAAAACCGUUGCACGACUCUAUUGCGGCCGGACUGGCCGUGCAAAAGGCCCACGCCUUCGACGCCAAGGAGAGUUUCGCCACGCUCAAGUCUAUGUUGUUGAAAGUUCUUAAAACGAAACCAGCCAGGAAUCAAAAAUACUUGGAUGAAAUGUCUGAUCCCAACGCACAACCGAUGAUCUGGGUGUCGAAGUGGGUGGAUUAUUCCGAUAAAUACGGUUUUGGAUACCAGCUGUCCGACGAAGGGGUCGGCGUCAUGUUCAACGACACCACCAAACUCAUUAUGCUGCCGAACGGAGUGACCGUACAUUAUAUAGACAGAAACGGUGAAGAAACGUACAUGACCGUGGACAAUUAUCCGAAACCGCUGGACAAAAAGAUAAAACUUCUCUCCUACUUCAACCGAUACAUGCGAGAACACCUGAUCAAGACGGGCGCCUCCGUGGUAAAAGAAAGCGAUUCGUUGUCGAGGACGCCCCAUUUGCAUCAAUGGUGCAGAUCCACCAGCGGGGUACUGAUGCAACUCAACAACGGCACCGUCCAAAUGAACUUCGGCGACCACACGAAAAUAAUAAUGUGUCCGUUGAUGUCGGCGAUCACGUACAUCGAUGAAGACAAGUCGUUUAGGACGUUUAAAUUCUCGUCGAUCGAGAAGAACGGCUGUUCGAUGGGACUGUACGAGAAAAUGCGGUACGCUUACGAUAAAAUAUCGGUGCUGAUCGAUUCCGACAAUCCGUACGAGAAGUGAGUGAAAUAUGAGACGGACAGGUGUUGCUGCAAUCGAAAUGUUUUUAAAGGCGGAGAUACUGGGGUAUUUUGUAUCACGAUCAAUUGAGUCCCUCCCGAUUAUACACGCGUUUUUAUGAUACAACUACAUUUUUUACAUUUAUAUUUAAUUUUUAUUUAUUAAGUUGUGUUCACUUAUGGACAGUCCUUUGUUUAUUUGUAUAUUAUAAUCUGAUUUGUAAACUGUGUUCUUUUAUUAUAUCAAUCUCCGCUCAAUAGUAUUGUUACUGUGCCCUCAAGCAUACUACUAGUUGAUUGUAAUAAAAUCCAACUGCAUUUGAUAGAACAAAUGCGGCUGAAUUUUUCUACAA